UGCACCGUCCGAGCAGCUCUCCGCUCCGCAGGGAAAACAUCCUGGAGAUGGAAGCUUCCCACCCAGCAGCAGUGAUAUAUUUUCAGCGUUGGUCUCACGCACAGUUAAGGUCGAUUCCCCCUCCGGCCAAAAACCAGAAGUGACCUCAAAUUACACAACAUUCAAACUGAGUGAAGAUGAGUUCGUUCAGCACGAGGGCUCUGACGCUGCUCUCGUCGAUCUUCGGAGCGUGCGGCCUGCUGUUGGUCGGCGUCGCCGUCUCCACCGACUACUGGCUGCUGAUGGAGGAGGGCAUCGUCCUGCAGCAGAACCAGACCACCGAGGUCAAGAUGGCGCUGCACUCCGGCCUCUGGAGGGUCUGCUUCGUGGCAGGACCGGAGAAGGGCAGAUGUGUGGCGUCAGAGUAUUUCACCGAGCCAGAGAUAGAGAUCACCACAGAGAACACGGCCAACAUCCUCAAAAUGGUCCGGACGGCCACUCCCUUCCCCAUGGUGUCCCUGCUCUUCGUCUUCACGGCCUUCGUCAUCAGCAACAUCGGACACAUCCGGCCGCAGCGCACCAUCCUCGCCUUCGUCUCCGGGAUAUUCUUCAUACUGUCAGGUCUCAGCCUGGUGGUCGGCCUGGUCCUGUACAUCUCCAGCAUCAAUGACGAGGUGAUGAACCGACCCAGAGAGCCGGAGCAGUUCUUCCACUACCGCUACGGCUGGUCCUUCGCCUUCGCCGCCUCCUCCUUCCUGCUCAAAGAGGGUGCAGGAGUGAUGUCCGUCUACCUCUUCAUGAAGCGUUACGCUGAGGAGGAGCUGUACCGGCCUCACCCCGCCCUCUACCGCCCCCGCAUGUCCGACUGCAGCGACUACAGCGGCCAGUUCCUCCAUCCGGACUCCUGGCCUCCACCGCAGCGUGGCCGCAGCGCCUCCGAGGUUUCCUCUGACAUCUCCAUCCAGCUCAACCAGACGCCGCCGCAGCCUCCACCCAAGGGGGGCAGCAGCUCCCAGCCGACGCCCUCUUCCUCUGGGCCUUCAUCGGCGGCCAGCUACCAGCUCCAGCCGGCCUCCUCCUCCUCCACCUCCUCCUCUUACCCUCACCCCCUCCACAUGGCCGCCACCUCCACCCUAACCAGGGCCUCCCACGCCCAUGCUCACCCCCACCCGAGCGGGCCCCCGCCGCAGUCCCUGCCCAUGGCGGGGCCGCCAUCCGCCGUGCCUCCUCCCCGCUAUCACACGCACAUGCGAAUGAGCGCCUCGCCAUGCUAGGCUACAUACGCAGGGAAGGGGAGGGAAGAAAAACACAACCGGGGGGGGAUUAGAUUGGCUCCGUUACAGCUCUUACACACCACGAGACGACACACACACACAACCACACAAACACAAAUCCUGCAUCCUCGGAGUGUGUGGGAGGAGGGAUGCAGCAGAGAGAGGUUUAAGGAGAUCAAAAAGGAGGAGAGAGGAGAAAGGAAAAGAGGGGAGGAGAGGAGAGGCAGGUGGGCGGAGGGAUGACUCACUGCCGAUGUCGAGGCCGAGACGAAGACAGACACUUAACAAAACUUUUGACACGCUGGGAGGGAACAUGGGAGGGGAGGAGUGACGGGAUACGAUGAUUAGUAGCAACAAGACGUUUGUGGGGUUUCUGACGGGUACAUUCAUCAUCAGGGCCGUGAUACACAGGCGACAGUGUGAAGCAGCACGGGACACAGGAACAUGAAUCAUUUCCAAAACGCCGACCAUUCACAGAAAAUAAAAAAAAUAAGUUGAACAGCGUAUCUGGAUAUAAAUGAAUACUCCUGUCGUCAAACAAGGACGAUGAAUACCUACUUAGAAUUUGUUGUUUUCUGUGAUUCCUGGACAUGGUUGGGAGGGUUCACUUCAUUUCGAUUAUUCUUUUAUUUCUUUCUCAAUAAAUGAGAGUGCAAAAAGACGAGAGCACCUGA